GAUCUGAAUAAUACAAUGUGUUCGUCUUACAAGUUCAUAACAUAGCCAUAUUAUGUUUAGAAAUUCUCAUUUAGCUUCAUUAGUUUUAAUAUUAGAAUGUCUUUUGUCCUAUUAUCAAACUUUGUUUCUAAAUUAAAAUAUCUAAAUAACAUUUUCAACAAACCACAGAAUAUAUUGUAACCUUUUAAUGAAAUUUGAUGAUAUGUAAAUUUACAUUUUUACAUAUUUAUACGACAAAGAUAACACAUUAUAUGGGUAAGAUGUCCUCUUAAUAAAUAAUAAAUAAAACGUUAUAUAGAUUGUUGAAUAUUGUUUAUAUGUUAAAUAAUACAUUUUAACCUUCAAAAAUUAAACAUUAUCAUGCAUAACAAUAAAUUACUCAAUAUCCAAAUACCAAAAAUAUACCAAAGCAUGUAAAAUCAUCAGUAACCUUGCCUCACUGCAACAUGCACAACUCAACAAUGAAAACAAGAUGCAGUCAAAAUGUUGAACUCUUUGCAAAGCUUUACUUCUAAGUUAACUCGUCAUCCAGGGAAUUUAAAAUUAGGACAGGUGAACACAUUUUUAAAUAGAUGCGGUGUGAGUCAUGAAGAUUUGGACAAGCUUUCUGUUAUUCAUGUGGCUGGGACAAAAGGAAAAGGAUCCACAUGUGUAUUUUGUGAACAAUUGUUGUUGUAUAAAGGUUAUCGUAUUGGCUUAUUUACUUCUCCACAUUUAAUCUCUGUCAAGGAAAGAUUUCGAAUUAAUGGAAAAGUCAUUUCUGAUGAUAAGUUUGUGUUUUAUUUUUGGAGUGUUUACAAUACACUAUUAUCAAAGAGAAAUGAUGGAGAAGAAUUACCAGCUUAUUUCAUGUUUUUGACUGUUAUGGCAUAUAAAAUGUUUAUUAAUGAAAAAGUGGAUGUUGCAAUCAUAGAAACUGGAAUUGGUGGUGAAUACGAUAGUACAAAUAUAUUAAGAAAAACAUCUGUCGUUGGAAUUUCAUCAUUAGGAUUUGAUCACACAACUGUACUUGGAAAUACUUUACAAGAAAUUGCUUGGCAAAAAAGUGGAAUUAUGAAGCCAAAUUCUGUUACAAUUGUCGCUAAUAAUCAACCUAAAGAAACACAUCAAAUCUUAAUUGAGCGUAGUAUUGAAAAGCAAACAACAUUAUUGGAAGCUCCGCCAUUCAACAAGUACAAUUGGUAUGAAAAUACUUCAGAAUUAGGAGUUUUAAGUACACCACAAGAGAUAAAUGCUUCACUUGCUAUUCAACUGGCUAAUGCAUGGAUUAAUCGUAACAAUAAACACGACUGGUUAAAGGAAUGCAAAAUUGGAUUAAGUGGUAUGAAACAAGCUCCAAUCUGGGAAAUUAAUAAACAAGAUAAACAAGCAUUAAGGGAUGUUAAGUGGCUUGGUCGCAAUCAAGUUUUAAAUAUAACACCCAAUUUAUCAUUUUUUUUGGAUGGAGCCCAUACAAUUGAGAGUAUUCAGUUAUGUAGUAAAUGGUAUCAAAAUGUUUGUCCAAAAUCGCAACUGAAUAUAAAAAAUAUUUUAAUAUUUAAUGUCACAGCAUUAAGAGAUUACUCUACAUUUUUAAAAACACUAUUAUCUGAAAACAAAAUUGAUGUAGUUUUGUUAUGUCCAAUAGUCACAUCAAUUAAUAAACAUCGUCCAGAUACUGUUGAUAUGAAUUUCAAUUACGAAGAACAAUUAGUUAAAUGUUAUAAUAUGAAAAAUUCUAUAGAUAUUUGUGAUGUAGAAGUGUUUAAUUCAAUACAAGAAACUGUAGAGCAUGUUAAAAAUUGCAGCUCUUCUGAAAAAAAUAUAAACUUUCAAGUUUUAGUAACUGGUUCAUUAAAACUUGUUGGAGGAGUUUUAGAAGUUCUCCAAUCUUGAUACUUAUAUUAUAAAUAAAUCAAUUCUAUAAAAUAUUAGUUAUUAUUAAUGAUCAAAUGUAAAAAUUUCCUAAGUAUUACACAGUAUGUUAAAUUAUAUUUUAAACUACAAAUUGUUACUUUUUGUGUAUUUAGCAUAGACUGUACUAUUUAAUUAUUGAUGUGAUUAUAUAAAUAUGUAGUCCACAAAACACAGAUAUGUGUUCAUCAAUUGGAAAGUUAAUAAGAAACAAUUUUCCUUCAAUAUUUGUUUAAACAAUGUAUUUGUUAAUCCUUUAAAAAGGGAGACCAUAAUACUUUCCAAUUAAUUAGCAUACUGAAUGUUUUAUUUUAAAAUUUUUAAGAGCUCUGUUAUAUUUUUUAAAUAUUUUAUCUAUCUACUAUUUAAUAUCUUGGGAAAUUUUUAUAGUUAAUAAUUUUUUAUAUUAUCUUGAAUUAUAAUAAAAUAAUAAAAUGCUCAAAUAUAUUUUAAGUUUUUGUUACCAUUUAAAAAUAGUUUUAACUACAAUUAUUGUAAUUAAAAGAAAAAAUUUCAUUCUUAAUCAAAUUUGUUUUUUAAUUUAAUUUAAAAUAUAUGUGUUAUGAACUUAAAUAAUAACUUAUGACUGAUAUACACCAACAUAAUAUGUUAAAUGUAAAUAACAUAAUCAAAACGUGCUUACAUAAAAUAUCAAUCAUAAAUGAUUUGCUUCAUUGUUAGCCAAAAGCCCAAAACAUAUGUAUUAAAUUUUAGAUUCUAAUUGAAGUGAUGGUAAUUGGUAAUACAAUGUUUGAACGAAUGUAAUUUUACAACUUUAUAAGUAAAAUAUUAUAAAAUUAAACACUUGGAAAAGAGUACUCAAAAAGUAUCAAGUGGCACUUUUAUCUAUUGUUUGAAAAUUUGUAUUAACAAAAACCCGUAUUGUUUUAAUAAAAAUGUACUUACUAA